AUGGGUGGUUCGUCGUCGGAGACGGCCGGACGCACUCUCACACGCCGGCGAACUCCGGCAGUCACUUUUUCUGUCAAUAACAAUAUGGUUACCAUCAAGAUUCUUACGGGGACAAAUUAUAAGAAAUGGAAAGAGGAUUUCCUAUUUGCUAUGGAGAUGGCUGAUGUCCAUACAUCUCUUGUUAUGGACACGCCAGCAGAUCUAAAUGACAGGAGUUCUAAAGAUGAUAAGAUGAUACAUGUUGCAUGGACGAAGAGUAAUCGUCUCUAUUUGUUGUCCUUAAAGAGGACGAUCAAGGAGCACCUGAAAAGUGAUUUUCCCUCUGAUUGCACUGCUAAGGAGUUGUUGGCUGCAAUGGCACAAAGGUACCGAGUCUCAUCCAAUGCUAAAAUAGGAACCUUUCUGCAGGAACUUUUCAACAUGACUUAUAAUGGUUCUGGGGGAGUUAGGGAUUAUAUCAUUAGGAUGGUUGACUACCAGACCAAGCUGAAAGUCCUGAAUGUUUUACUUCCUGACACUUGCAUUGGUCAUCAAGCCAUGAACACCCUUCCAUCUGAAUUUGGAAUUAUCAAAAUCAAUUACAGAUCCACUGAUGAAUCCUGGCCCAUCAAUGACUUGAUCUCUAGAACUGUGGCUGAGGAAGAGAAACUGAAGAAAGACAAAGCCCAUGUAGCCUUGGUUGCCUCUAAAUCCAAUACCCAAAAAGGUAAGAAGUCCAAAUACCCUACCAAAAGGGAUGCUUAG